CACCAGUUAGGUUGGAUUUUUUUUUUCGAUCGACUGAUAUUUUCGGUUUCCUUUCACGGCUCGUGUCUAGGAAUUGUGCGGUAAUGCCGCUUCAAGGAAACUGUCUACCUCUGUAAAAACCAGGGUGAGCACACACACACACACUGCUUUACCGCGUUCACUUAAUUUACCUUUUUCACUCCACCCUUAUGUCUGCUCAAAAUAUGGAGGCAAAGAGGACUGAGGUAAAGCGAGAAUCAGAAGAGUCAGAGAUAUCUAAAGAAGAUGAAAAAGAAGAGGAAGAAGUACAUACUAACCGAUUUCAAACAGGCGAUCAACAUUCCGACAUCACCCUAGUGGUCGAAGGUCGCAAACUUCAUGUUCAUAAAACUUUACUCAUGUUACAUUCGCCUGUGUUUGAAAGAAUGCUUUUGGCUGACUUCAAAGAGAAAGGGUCUGGAGAGAUUCAGCUUCCAGGAAAGAAGUAUUCUGCAGUGUUCGACUUUUUGGAGCAGAUUUAUCCUGGAGACCCCAUUUACUCAAUCAGUGGGGAAAACAUUGAAGACCUUCUUCAACUCGCAGAUGAAUACGAUGUUGAGCAGGUGUUCACAAACUGCACAAACUUCAUAGGCAUGCAAUUAUGUAGCCAGUGCUCAGGAGAAACGAUAUCGACAGAUUAUAUUCUGUUUUAUCUCGGGCUGGUUGAGCGAUUCGAGCGACUUCAUUCAUUAAGAGAGAAUAUGGUACAUCGAGCAAGUCAAAUACCUGUCCACGAGAUGGAGAAAAGCAAGUACUUUCUUUCUGUGCCUGCCACAGCUACGAGAGAUGCCUUGCUGCUGCAACUUAAAACACGAAAUCAAGAAAGUAACCGAUAUCGUCGCUGAUUAUUACACAAGAUUUGGUGAAAAUAACCGAUGCAGAAAUGGUUUAGUCGCAUUGGGACUAAUGAAGGCAAAUGAACGGGAUGUAAAGAAAGCCUUAUUGGUAGAUAUCAUUAGCAGCAUGUCAUUUCUUUACUAAUGAUCAUUUAGUAUCCAAAGAAUCUUUUUAAAUAUCAUUUACAUAUGUAAUCGGAGGACAGUAUUUAACAAUAAUAUUGGCUAUGUAUUUAAUAAAUUAGACCGGAGGCUCAAAGUUUCUCUGUUGUGGAAUGGUUCAAAUGUUAUUGUAGCUGUCUGAGAUUAUUAUUAUACCGCAAGGGAACUAUAAUAACUGUACGUUCAUAUUCAAUUUCAUGUAUCUUCAAUCACAAAUAAAGGUGUUUUUACUUGCAAUAAUUAAUAUUUGUUCUGUUUGCGAUCACUAUGUGAAAAUAUUGUCUCUGUGUGUGUGUGUGUGUGUGUGCACGUGUGCGGAUGGUCGAGCUGAUGUGACUAAGUUAAGUAAGGAUGUAGACUAUAUCAAUGUAGAGUCUUUCAGUUUUUCUACAAGCCCAUGCUGAGUGGAACCUUCAGUGACAAUUAGUAACAACAAGUCUCAUUCACGGUCUUCCGCAUUGUUGGUAGACUGCCCCUCCGUCUGAUGGUCGACAGUCAAGUUCUGCAAGUCGCCACCAGUGAGGAUCGAGUGUUUAGAGCUUAGGUCGGUGUCCUAUGGCUAAGAUACUAUUUAGAUAGUAUUAAGUAUCUUUGACCCAAUCAUCAUUUAGCAGUUCUUUUCAAUAUCGUAUGUAAAAUCGGAAUAUGGGCACUGAUAGAAUUAUUUCAUCCAUUUUCGUCAAACUACACCAUUCAGCUUCGUUGACAGGUAUGAAGAGCGAUGUGAUUCAUAGAGGAGUUGCUUUCUACAGUUGCCUCAGUACUAAGUUCAGAUAGUGUGUAGUAGAAAGAUAUCUGCUUAAUGCGUGAAAGAGUGUAGCACGGUCUUUCUGUAUCUGACUCUUCCACCUGUAACUGCUGAAUGAGAGAUUUUCUAUGGCACAAUGUUAUGUACAAAAGGCUGAUAUCUUCCCUCCUUCGUGAAGUGAGUGGUAUCGUCCGUGCCAGGGAAGGUAGGAGUACACGCGGUGCUGACUACUACUUGUCUCCACUUACUACCCGGACAAUAAGCGGGGUAGACAUCACAGGCACUGACAGUAAUUGACUGUAACUGUCAGUAACUGAACAGUAACUGACUAGCCUGACAAUAAAACGUCUUCCUCACCCAACCAGGGGUCAGGAUAUGAAUUAGGGAACACUGACGGCUUGUAAAAGUCAGCAUCAAGUGUACUCCUACCUUCCCUCGCACAGGCGAAACCAUUUUUAAAAAAAACACCCACAUAAACAUCGGCCUUCAUUUACAAGAUCGUCGCUCAACCACGUGACUGACCUAUUAUCAGAGGCAUGGUGAAGACGCUGUUUACCCUGGUGACAACGGGAUUUCCUUCACAGCACUUUUCCAGGUGUGUGUCGCCUAACGGCAUAUAGGAAUUCGCCGGUCGUGCAUCGUUCAUUCCGACAUUUGUGUUAUUUUCUUGUUACACGUCAUCUUUCUGUCGUCGGUAAACAACCAUUUUGAUGGAAGGUGAUAUGACAUCCUCAGCCACCGACCAGUUGUCAAAACGCCCAUUUGAAGCAGAUGACAAAUUCUCUGACCUCGUGCUAGUGGUGGAGGGUCACAAACUGCAUGUUAGUAAGACUCUGCUGAUGAUACAUUCACCGGUUUUUGAAACAAUGUUUACAGCCGACUUCAAAGAAAAAGAAUUAGGAGAAAUUCCUCUUCCAGAGAAAAAAUAUUCCACAAUGGCAGCACUUUUGGAGCAAAUCUACCCCGGAAAUGUCGUCGACCUAAUCAACAAUGAAACCCUACCGGAACUUCUUCAGCUCGCCGACGAGUACGACGUGCAGCAGGUCUUCCACAACUGCCAGCAGUACAUCGAAAAGAAGAUAUACCAGCUGUAUCCCGAAUAUACGGUUGACCUCAUUCUCUUUUACCUUGGGAUCGUUGACCGCUAUGCACGGUUGCAUUCGUUACGACAGAGACUUGUACAGCUUGCAGCCUGUAUACCGGCCACAAAGAUGGAACAAAGCAAAAGAUUUUGUUCUGUACCUGUAGCAGCCAUCAAAGACGCCCUGAUGCUGCGCAGUAAGGCAAUAGAGCGCUCUCAUGGUGACUUUUCCAAAAACAUCCGAGAAUGGAUAAAGUCCGUAGAGUAAAGUCUUGUACAAAAGAAGCCUAAGUGAGUUGCAUUUAAAUACGUGGUUGUGUAUCCUGACAGUCUUUUUAGUUUAGCUUUUGUUUGUUUGUUUGUUUGUUUGUUUGUUUGUUUGUUUGUUUGUUUGUUUGUUUGUUUGUUUGUUUAUAUAACGGCAUCAUUGAAGGGCUCGAAGAGUAGUUCAUCACCACAAAACACCAUCUUGAUGGCUGACGCGGACUUGACCAUCUUACCACUCCGUGAUAAAAUCGCUCUCGUAGUAAUCCUUACCUUGGUUUCUACUGAUAUUAGGCAGUAAGUUGUUGUCAAACUUUCAAAAACUAACAUUUCAGCUUUUGAUCGCCAUCUUAAUCACACAUUUUUGCACAGCUUGCAUUUCGACUCUUUUAAAAUACAUCAUAGUGAAACCCACCUGUAGGCUCACUAUCACAGUAGAGAUGAUGUUAAUGUGAAGUAUUGAAACCGUUACUGGCAUGGAGAUGAUUCAAACUAGUGGUUGGUGAGCUUCACUGCGGAACAGAAGGUUUCUGUUUCAAGACCUGCUCUGCUAUGUAGCUGAAGAGAUGAUGCUGCUCCCCAGUAGAUGUCCUGCAGGAAUGUGACUGAUUUAGCCGGGGAAGUGAAGACGACGGAAGGAGAGGGAUGGUGAACACCUUGCAGGUGACUCGCUGCCCUGGUGGACUUCACUUUCACUGGACCUACGGACCACAAGACUGUGAGCCUCGCAAUCAUUAGCAACACUAUCUUUAACACUGUAUUGUUUUUUUAAAAAAUGUCCUCUUUCUGAAGUACCUUUUUCUGGUGAAAUGGCAAACUUUACUGACCUCCUUGAUGAAAAAUUGAAAUUUACGAUUCCUUGGACAUUAAUAAAAUGGCAGUUACCAGGCCAGCAACCUACUUUUAGUAUCUGGAAUUUCUUAAAAAAAAAACCAGUCAAUGCAAUUAGGUAUAAAUGUACUUUUCUGAUGCGAAAUUGGGGUUAGUCUUGUUUCUAACUCGCACAGAACUGCACGCAGCCAAACAGUUCGACGUUGCACAAGCUGGGGUCAAGAUGGGCAGGUCACUACACCCCCAGGUGAGGCUGUAACAGGUAUGAUGGCAAGCUAACCCUAACCCUGAAACAGUUUUGUCAACGAGGCGAGGAGACAUCUCGAGACUUUACACAAAUGAAAGUCGGCAUGCCACUCGAAGCUGAGAACAGAAACACUGUGAAACGAAAGUGAAACUCCUUUUCAUUUCGUGGAAUAAAUCGUUGUAUGUUGUGUAUUGCCUGCAGUGAUCUUGUACCCAUCGGAUCCCACUGUUGCAUUUUUUCCUAAGUUAUUGUGACCUUCAUUUCUUUGCUAUGGAUUAUGCUUAAUGUAACCACUUUUCUUUACCCUUACUUCUGGCUUAGAGACCAGCUUUAAUCCUUAGAAUUCUCUUCAUUGGACAUAUUUUUUCCUUUGCCUUUUAGAUAUACUUGUAUUAUGUAAAAUUCAAUGUGAUGUGUCACCAGUUGACCUGUUAGUGUCAAAGGUCAAUAGCUUGGAUAAAAAGUGUCUUUUUUAUUUUUUCCUUUCAUUAUAUCUUCAAUUGUGACCAUUAAAUGUGUGGUGCGAAAUCUC